AUGCCGUUGGGCGGAGGCAGCGUAUCGAGGCUGAGAUCCUCGUCUAUGAGGAAGCCCCCAGAGCCACUGCGCCGAGCAGUUGCCGAUUGUUUGUCGGCUGCGGCUUCGUCCCAACAGGCCACGCUGUCCACUGAAGCUUCAAGGAUUUUACGGGAUUAUCUGGUAAUGCAGUCAACAAUCGACUUGGCAUAUAGUGUCAUCCUAGAUCACACUCUUGCAGAAAGGGAACGAAGUCCAGCGGUAGUAGCGAGGUGUGUGGCACUUUUGAAACGAUAUCUUUUAAGAUAUAAACCCAGUGAGGAGACUUUGCUACAGCUUGAUCGAUUUUGUGUAAGCAUAAUUGCUGAGUGUGAUGUGAGCAUUAACCGUAAAUUGGCUCCAUGGUCGCGUUCUUUGAGUCAACAAUCUGGGAUGCCAAUACCCUCUACAAAUAUAUCUCUUUUGCCCGUAUCAAGUUUUGCAUCAGGAGCACUUGUCAAAUCCUUAAAUUAUGUUCGUUCUCUAGUGGCUCAGUAUAUACCAAAGCGGUCGUUUCAAUCAGCAGUUUUUGCUGGAGCCCCUCCUGCAUCAAGGCAAUCACUUCCAGCAUUGUCAUCUAUAUUAAGCAGAUCGUUCAAUUCACAAUUAUGCCCUGCAAAUAGUAAGGAUGCUAUGGAGAGCAAAGAGACAUCUAUUACAUCUGUUUCAGACUCCCCCGUUGCUGAAGAAGUUGAUGAAACGGAAGAUCAAGAUUUCAUAGCUCUUGAUCUUUUCAGAUGGCGCUGGUUUGGUGACCAGCAAUUGUCAGUUCUCUUGCCCAAAAGCGAGCACAAUCUGAAUCCCCAAGAUGUACGAACUCAUAAUUUCCUAGAAGUAGGUGCUGCAGCUCUUCUUGUAGGGGAUAUGGACCCCAAAAUGAAGGGUGACCCUUGGAAAUUUUUUGGAAGUCCAGAUAUGCCUUAUCUCGAUCAGCUGUUGCAGCCAUCAUUGCUCACGACUGUUACCAAUUCUGCUUCCGCUCAUGCCCAUUUAAGAGCAAUAACAGCACUUAAACGGUCUAAAACAGGGCCCAAUGAAAUUUGGGAAGAUCCUCCUUUGAGCAACUUUCGCCCCCGCGUGAAACCACUGUUCCAAUAUCGUCAUUACAGUGAGCAACAACCCUUGCGAUUGAAUCCUGUGGAGAUAUGUGAGGUUAUCGCUGCAGUGUGCACAGAAACUCCCUCCUCAAAUUCUAAUCUCAUGACAAUCUCAUCUAAGUUAAGCAACAACGGAAGGCCAUCCCUUGACGUGGCUGUGAGCGUUCUUGUCAAACUUAUAAUUGACAUGUAUGUUUUGGAUUCUGAGACUGCUGCUCCUCUCAUUUUAUCGAUACUUGAGGAUAUGCUAAAUUCUCCAAAAGUGAUGUCAAGGGCCCAAGCUUUUGAUUUAAUUUUGAACCUUGGGGUUCAUGCACAUUUAUUGGAGCCUCCAGCACCUGAUGACACCUCUGCAAUUGAAGAAGAGUAUUUGCACGAAGCAUAUUUUGAAAAUGAAACUCGAAUUUCUUCUCAAGGAAAGAGAAAAUCUGACAAUUUUAAGAAAAUAGGGAAUUUUUCAGCUAUUGAUAAGUUUGAGAAUUGGAUUUUGGGCAUUCUCUAUGAGGUUCUUCUUCAUCUUGUUCAGAUAGAAGAGAGAGAAGAAUCUGUCUGGGCUUCUGGCCUAAGUUGUUUACUCUAUUUUGUUUGUGAUAGAGGGAAAAUUCGAAGAAGCAGAUUACAAGGUCUUGAUAUUAGAGUGAGUAUUUCUACGCCUUGUUUUGCUAUUAUCUUGUGCACGGAAACUCCUUCGACAAAUUCUAAUCUCACAACAAUCUCGUCUAAGUUAAGCAACAAUGGAAGGCCAUCUCUCGACGUGGCUGUGAGCGUUCUUGUCAAACUUAUAAUUGACAUGUAUGUUUUGGAUUCUGUGACUGCUGCUCCUCUAACUUUAUCGAUACUCGAGGAUAUGCUAAAUUCUCCAAAAGUGAUGUCAAGGGCUCAAGCUUUUGAUUUAAUUUUGAACCUCGGAGUUCACGCACAUUUAUUGGAGCCUCCAGCACCGGAUGACACCUCUGCAAUUGAAGAAGAGUAUUUGCACGAACCAUAUUUUGAAAAUGAAACUCAACUUUCUUCAAAAGGAAAGAGAAAAUCUGACAAUUUUAAGAAAAUGGGGAAUUCGUCAGCUACUGAUAAGUUUGAGAAUUGGAUAUUGGGCAUUCUCUAUGAGGUUCUUCUUCAUCUUGUUCAGAUUGAAGAGAAGGAAGAAUCUGUCUGGGCUUCAGGUCUAAGUUGUUUACUCUAUUUUGUUUGUGAUAGAGGGAACAUUCGAAGAAGCAGAUUACAAGGUCUUGAUAUUAGAGUUAUUAAGGUACUCGUACGAAUCAGCAGAAGAAACUCUUGGGCAGAAAUCGUUCAGUCCAAGCUUAUUUGCAUGAUGACAAACAUGUUUUAUCAAGUGCCGGAAGGGCCUGAUAAAGUUGUUUCAGCUACUCCAUUCUUUCUUGUUCAGCAGUUGGAUCUGAUUGGAGGAAAUGAGUUUAUAUUGGCAGAGUUGGUGCUUUCAAACUCAAGAGAAGAGCGGAGAAAUCUAUAUCUGGUGCUUUUUGAUUAUGUAUUGCAUAAGAUAAAUGAGACAUGUAUAGCUUCUGGAGUGUCCGAGUACAGUGAUGAUGAGGUUCAACCUAUUGCUACCUUGCUCAUGCUUGCAGAUGCACCUGAAGCUCUGCAUAUAUCUGUCAAGUUAGGAGUUGAAGGCGUUGUGGAGCUAUUGAGAAGAUCAAUUUCUACAGCAUUGUCCAGAUAUCCUAAUAAUGAUCGGCUUAUUAUGCUCUUGGAGAGUAUAGUAGUGAAGUUUGAUAUGCUCAUUAGAUCAUUUACUCAUCUAGACAGAGAAUUUACCCAAAUGGUUCAAAUAACCAAAUCAUACAAGUCUUUGGAAAGCAUUGAUGAAGUUCUCAAAAACAGUAUUGGCAUUAAAGCAAAGCUCUCUUGGGCCACCUUACAUUCUCUUCUUCAUUCUGAACGAUCUGCUUGUCGUCACAAUGGGUAUCUGUGGUUAGGAGAUUUACUUAUUGCAGAAAUAAGUGAUGAAGGGGACGAGAGCCUUUUGUCGAGCAUAAAAACCUUGGAGCGAAAAAUCAAUCUUGCUGGUGUUAAUGAUUAUUCAGCUUCUUUAGGCGUUCCUUUACCCGUUUGGCUUAUGUGUGGGCUUCUGAAGUCAAGAAACAAUCUUAGCAGAUGGGGCUUUCUAUUUGUUCUAGAGAGACUGCUCAUGCGAUGCAAAUUUCUGUUAGAUGAGAGUGAAGUUCAACAUAUAAUCAGAAGCGAAGCUGCCGGCCUCAUGCAUGCCAAGAAUCGUCUUGAAAAAGCGAAUGCUGUGAUAGACAUCAUGAGCAGUGCCUUAUCCUUGAUGGCCCAAAUAAAUGAGACUGAUCGUAUGAAUAUUUUGAAGAUGUGUGAUAUUCUAUUUUCACAAUUGUGCUUGAAAGUAGUCCCUACAACCGCGAUGCUGUUUGGAGACACAGAGAUUAAAGAUUCUUAUAGUUCAAAAUGGAAUAAGGCGGAUGGAGUGGAAUCUCUCUCUCAAAAAAAGAACCUUGGCCGGGAAGAACCCACCGGGAAUUCUGACAGCAAACUUGGCAAAAAUGUAAAUCCUCAAAUCUGUGGUACUGCGUCCGUGGCAGCACUGCUGCUUCAUGGACAAGCAAUUGUACCGAUGCAAUUGGUUGCACGCAUUCCUGCUGCUUUAUUUUAUUGGCCUCUGAUCCAACUUGCGGGAGCUGCAACAGACAAUAUUGCAUUGGGCGUCUCUGUUGGUAGCAAAGGAAGAGGGAAUAUACCAGGUGCCACGUCAGACAUACGGGCUACCCUUCUCUUACUUUUAAUUGGUAAAUGUACAGCAGACCCUGCUACUUUUACAGAGGUUGGUGCAGAAGAGUUCUUCAGGGAGUUAUUGGACGAUACAGACGCAAGAGUGGCAUAUUACUCUUCUACCUUUCUUUUGAAGAGAAUGAUGACAGAGGAACCAGAAAAUUACCAAUGGAUGCUUCAUAGUCUUGUUUCAAGAGCUCAGCAGAGCAACAACGAAAAGCUUUUGGAGAAUCCCUACCUUCAGAUUCGUGGCUUGCUUCAGCUGUCAAAUGAAUAA